UUGGAGUUGAAUUUCCGCCGACGAUGGCCACGGACGAUAUCACCUUGAUCCGGGAGGCGGCGGACGCCGAGCUUUGGAGCUUGGAGCGGCUCCUCCUCCAGCUCUCCCGCCACCAUCCGCCGUCGGAAUUCCGAGACAUCGCCGACCAGACCAUCGCCAAGCUCAAGAACGUUAUCUCCGUCAUGAAAAGAACCGGCCACGCCCGCUUCCGCCGCUGCCCCCAGCUCGGCGCCGCCAUCUUCUCUGACCCACCUUCCAUUGCUCAUCCGCCGGCGGUGGCUCCGCGAACCGCGACGCUGGACUUCACGAAGCCGAAGAAAAUCUUAAGCGUCUCGGAUACGGCGUCAAUGUCGAACUCCUCCUUCCUCUCCGCGCUCAGCGGUGGCGAAGGCAGCGUCACCAGAAAAUCAGGCUACUCCUCUGUCCUCGUCCCCUCCGCCGGUGCUGCCUCCUCAGUCGUCCGAGGGGGAAGACCCCCGCUCGUGCGUUCCCACCACAGGAAAGACUCGCACGACCACCCUCGCUGCGCCGGCGCCGGCUCUCCCGGCCCCUGCCACUGCGCGAAGAAAAGGAACCGUGACAAGAAGACUGUGCGCGUGCCGGCGAUAAGUUCACGGAACGCCGAAAUCCCGGCGGACGAGUACUCGUGGCGGAAGUACGGGCAGAAGUUGAUCAAGGGCUCGCCUUACCCGAGGGGGUACUACAGGUGUAGCGGCGUCAAGGACUGCCCUGCGCGUAAGCAGGUGGAGCGGGCGGCGGACGACCCGACUAUGCUCGUCGUGACGUACGACGGCGAGCACCGGCACGGCCAUCAGUGCAAGUCAGAGCCGAAGCUGCCGGUCGUCAACGAGGCGUGCCGUUGACUU